CCCCUUGGCUUUGACAAGCGCGACUAUCCAUUUGCCAAACUCACGCCCGGCCGGCUCCCAGACGGGACGCUCGUGCUGCGCAUGCAGCUCCAGGACCAAUUCGGAGGCGACAAGGACGUUCUUCUGCGCUUCAAGAAGACCCUAGCCCUUAUGCAAGCGCUCGAUGGCGGCAACGGCACGCUCCUCCGCCUCAUUGGCGGUUGCAACCUCGACUCGAACGACCCGAUCGCGUACGUCGAGCACGGCACGGGCUUGCCCCUCAGCGAGUACCUCAUGGUCAAGCAAGACGCGACGUGGUCCGAGAAGCUCUGGAUCGCGUCGCAAGUCGCCAAGGCCAUGGUGCACCUCCACGACCUCGGGUGUAUGCACCGCGACGUCUCGUGGUCCAGCGUUUUUGUCGAUGCGACUGGCGACGUCAAGGUCUUCGCUGGCCUCAAGAUGCGCCAAGUCCAGCUGGACAAGUCUUAUCUCACGAAUGGUAUCACAGAAGCUCGCUGGGGUGCCCCUGAGACUUUGGCAGAGACCGACGACAAUGAUGCCACGACGUACACGGACAAGAUCGAUAUUUUCGGACUUGGCCUGGUUUUGAUCUCGCUCGUCACCUGUGAGCUCCCGUUCACGCAUGUGACCUCUCGUGGGCGGGCGGUUCCCAUCGAUGACAACCUUGUUGCUGUCCGGCUCUCGAAGCGCGAGACCGCGAUCCCGAUGCUGACGCAGCCGUUCGACGACCCGAACAAGUGUCCGUCGAAAGAGUACGAGGCGCUCGCAUUUGCUUGCAUCCGGUACGACCCGGAGCGCCGGCCCACGGCGCAUGAAGUCGUCCGCCGGCUUGAGAUGAUCCGCCAAGCGUACAACGGCGGUCUUGGCUGUACGACGCCCAACGAUAUCAAGGUCGACGUCACAAUCACGCUCGUCACGACGACCGUGGUGCCGACCUCAAAGGUUUCUGCGUCCAGUUACGACAUGUGGUGCGAGCUCAAGAUCGAUGACUGCGACCGCGACCCGAUCCAGCUCGAGCGUGUCACCGGCAGCGUCACGCAUGCCGUCAACCAAUAUGCGACGCUGCGCGACAUUGAGCCGCUUGCGCAUACCGUCGAGGUCACUCUCAAGUCGACAGCGACGACGACGAGCACCAUCGGGAAAAUCUCGAUCCCGCUCAUGGAAUUCCUCAAGCUGGCGAUGAACGCGUCGGCUUUGACGACGGUGGGGCCAACGACGUAUCCGAUCUUCAAGGACGGUGACAUCGUCGGCUUCUUGGACAUUGCUGUGCAGUUUGGCGGUUGCCUCCGCGAGUACCUCGAGCACUUUGAGCGACGGGCGACCGAGUACUUGCGCAAUGCUGAAGCUGGGCCGUCGACGCUCGAUCUCUGCAAGAAGCGCGACUUGGCGGCGCAAGCACUCUCGUCAUCCGUGGACAUCGACAAGGCCAUGCCACGCAUGGACACGACACGCGUGACGACAAGAAGCAACGUGACCGACGCUGUCGCCUCUCUGCCGCUCGAGCGUCAAGUCGAAAAGACGCCGAAUGGGCCGUCGGUGCAGGACGACAUGGCGCCGCCGGUGACGCGUGUGACGCCGCAUGCGACACCCGGUGGAGACGCGUCCACGGAGGAGGCGUCGGUGGCGGCGAUCCAGCCUCAACGAGCGCUGACCGCUGACAAGCUGCCAUCGCGCGCCGUUCAUCCGUCACUUGGUCAUUUGCCACCAAAGAUGAUGGAGAUGAAGCUUGCCGUCACGUGCGAGUGGUGCAACGAAGAGAAUGUGCCCACGGCCUCGCUCUGCGCGCACUGUGGUGAAGAGAUGCCGCCGGUAGAAGAGCGACUCGAGCUGGUCCACGCGUCCUACGAAGGCACAGCCGCCAACAAGAAGCUCCUCGAAGACUACGCAGCGCUUGCGUCGCAAGUCGAGACGUUCGAGGUGGAGCUCGCUCUGUUGAGACGAUGGACGGACGUUCGCGGCGAUCUAAUGGCCGACCGGGACUUCGAAGCUGCGCACCAGCAACUCGAAGCCAAAUACCAAAAGCAUUUCAACGCGCUGGGAGAAGAGAAGAAGAAGCUCCAGCAAGAGCGGGCGGACGUGCUCACACUCCAGUCGACGCCGUACAUUGAUGCCAAAGAAGUCGACUUCGUUGAUGAACAGCCGCUCUGGCGCGGCGACCUCUUCAUCUUGCACAAGGUCAGCCUCAAGAACCGGGUCAACAACGAGGUCGUCACGUUGGUGCGCAAGAGUCUCGACCCGUCCGCCGUCGAGGCACUUCGCUGGAAUGGGGCGCUUGUAACGACGCUGGACAAGGUCAAGCGCUCGUUUGCCAAUUUGCGCCGGUUGAACGGCGGGCACGGCUCGCUGAUCCAGAUCCUCGGCGCGUCGGGGCUCAACGACAUGAGUGAAAACCCCACGAUCUACAUGCCGUACAUGCCGGGUGGCAGCCUCCGGAACCUUCUCGAGAAGACGCCCGCUGCGGCUGCCCUGCCGUGGACCACACGCCUCGUUAUGGCCUUUACCAUCGCCCGCGGCCUCUACGAGCUCCAUGCGAUCGAUCAUACGCACCGCGACAUCAACUCGUUCCAUGUGCUCGUGGACGAUGAGCACCGUGUCGUGCUCACGGGCUUUAGCCAGUUGCGCCAACCGUCGCUCGGGACCAUGACGGGCAACGUUGGCGACGUGCGCUGGGCCGCACCAGAGACAAUGAACGCGGGGCGUGCCCGCUACUCGGAGAAGGCCGCCAUCUUCUCGUUCGGGAAGGUCCUCGAGGAGCUCGCGACGCACGCGCUUCCGUACUCGUCUUUUCGCGUUGGCGACAAGGUCAUCUCCGAGCACGCUCUCGAGCAGCGCCUCGCCAACGUCACGCUCGACGAUCCGAUCUUGCAGCACAACCUCGACCCCUCGACGCCGGCGUACUAUGCGGCGAUCGUUGAGAAGUGCCUUGUGCUCGAGCCUUCGUCGCGCCCGACGAUCCUCACGGUUCUCAACUCGCUGCGCCGCGAGGUCGAAAAGUACCUCUUCCCACUGCAACCGCCGGUGACAGAGCCCAUGCACGUCCAAGUUGAAGUGCAACAAGCCAAGGGCCUCCACGGGACAGAUCCCCGCCCCAUGGAGGUGCAGUGCAAUGUGAGCCUCGGUGGAGAUCAGUCGCACACUGGAUUCGCCGCGGAGCGCGGCAGCAGCCCGACGUGGAACCAUCGCAUGGACUUCCGGCCGCAAGAGUUGGUGUUCAUGACGCUCGAGGCGCGCGUCUACCAAAAGCUGGACGACGAGCUCGUCCAAAUCGGUAUUUGCUCCGUGCCUCUCCAGACGAUGCUGCCACGUCAAGGCGAUCCAACCGACAGCGACUGGGUGGUCGAGCUCGAAGCGCCGCUGUUCAAGGACGGUAACCACUGCGGCGAGCUCGUCCUCAAGGUGACGUUCGCGGGCGAGGGCCGACUCCGGUGGCGCGACCAGUACUUUGACCGCUUGGAGUAUAUCGACGACUCGAUCAAGAACGAACGCGAUCCGGUGCGCGCGGCCACAGCCCGGGUCAUCCGCGGCAUGUACGCCGUCGACGUUUGAUUUCCUCUACUUGGCUAGACGCUCUUAACUAGCAAUCUAUAAAGGUCUAGGUUCCUGCGAAGGGGCUGGUACGGAGGCAUUGAACUCCACUUGUG